CUCACACACUUCACCUUUUUUCCUGACUGGGCUUUUUGCGCUCGGCGUUCUCUUCUCUUAAAUUUUAAUGUCUCAAGCUGUGGGCUCGCCUUCUCUGUCUUCCGACAUCGGUUCGAGCAGACGCCAUUUUCUCAUCCGCCGCCCCUCGGUCUCUUCCAUGAGGUGCUCGAUGCUCCCCUUCUCAACAUGACUCAUAAUCAGGUGUUGGUUUUUGGAUCAUUUACUGAAGAUGAGAUCAGAUCCAUGCAGUGCCAGCCUCAAAAGAAUGAUAAACAGAUAAUAUUUGGUUCUUUGGAUUUGGAAACUUUAAGAUCCGUGGGAAUUUUCAGUACAAAAUUGACUGAGCUUCAAUCAUCUAAUGGACCUGCCUGUUCAGUACCUGAUAAUGCACCAAAAAAAACGUUGCGUAGCGACAGUGUAAGUAUUCCAGUGUCAGAAGCUGCUGUGGUGGAAGAGUAUGGGCAUGCAUCAGUAGUUUCUGAUAGUGCACACAAUUUUUCUAUAAAGGCAACCACAGAGCUGUCUGGUAUCAAUGGACAUGCAUCACGAGGUUCCUCAGAAAAUGCUGUUUUACACGAUUCUGGAAAUGGCAUAAAGCAUGUAAACUCCACAUGGAGCACCUACAAGGUUUCAAAUUGGCCAAAUCCUGUUCGUAAGAAUUUUUUGCCUCGAGGUUUAGUCAACUUGGGGAACCUUUGCUUCCUCAAUGCCACUCUGCAGGCUCUACUGUCAUGCACUCCAUUUCUGGAGCUGCUGCAUGAGCUUAGAAAUCGUGAUAUACCAGAGAUUGGUUAUCCAACCUUGCGUGCAUUUGUUGAUUUCAUUUCUGACUUCGACAUGCUCACUGACUCAGUUGAAAAGAGGAUUGAGAAUAAUGCUCUUCAAACUGGAAUACCAUUUCGGCCUAUCAUGUUUGACUCCAUAUUGAAGAGUUUCACUCCUGAUAUUCCUGAUAACUUAUCUGGCAGGCCUAGACAAGAAGACGCGCAGGAAUUCCUAAGUUUUGUCAUGCAUCAGAUGCAUGAUGAAUUGCUUAAACUUGAUGGGCAAGUUCCAAACGGAAAUGGAAAAACUGCAUCUUUAGUCUCUUCGACUGAUGAUGAAAGUGAGGAUGACAGCUGGGAGACUGUUGGUUCAAGGAAUAAAACUACAAUAACAAGAACCCAGAGUUUUCUACCCUCAAAGUUGAGUUCCAUUUUCGGUGGUCAAUUAAAAAGUGUGGUGAAGGCAGAAGCAGGGAACAAGGCCUCUGCUACCAUACAGCCAUUUAUCCUGCUCCACCUUAAUAUUUGUCCCGAGUCUAUCUGUACAGUAGAUGAUGCACUUAAACUGUUUUCUGAACCAGAAACAGUUGAGGGGUAUACAAUAUCAGCAGCUGGAAAGGCUGAGGUGGUUACUGCCAGCAAAUCAGUUAAGAUUUUGGAGCUUUCCGAAAUUAUGGUAUUACAUUUGAUGCGCUUUAGCUACGGAAGCCAAGGAAGCACCAAAUUGCACAAAACAGUGCGUUUUCCUUUGGAGCUGCUUGUUGGCCAUGAAUUGCUUGCAUCUUCAACUGAGGCUAAAAGAUAUGAACUGGUAGCUACGAUCACUCAUCAUGGAAGGGAUCCUUCAAAGGGACACUACACUGCAGACGCACUUCACCCCAAUGGUACAUGGCUGCGCUAUGAUGAUGCCUCCGUCACACCCAUUCCUAAAAGCAAGGUGCUGCACGACCAGGCGUAUGUUCUCUUCUACAAACGAUUGUAGCUACUAUGUAUCCAAUUGUACAUGUACCCUAUUAGGUUGCGCGAGUAUAGAAUCUGGAGAUAUUGAUGAAAAUAGCUAGUGAACGGAGGAACAAAAUAGUCUGGCAUUAUUUCAACAAUUAAGAAGCAUGUGAUUUGGCUCGAACCAGCUUUCAGCAGUUUGGUUAUGCUGAUUGUGAGUAGGCAAGCCCGGGUCGAUUGUGCUGAAAUUGGGGUGAACGGAAACUACUUAUUGAGAAGAUAACUAUCCAACUGCACUAUUUUUUUAGCUAAUUUUCCUACUUAUUUGCAACAGAUUCAAAGAUGUGUACGAUUAAAUGCAGUUGUUAUUGCAGGGUUUUCAGUUUUCACA